CGUGUUCAUCUCCAUUCGCAGGCGCAAUGGGCUUGGUCUUCUUCUAUCGACUCGCUUCUUUGGCAUUGGCGACGAUAACAGCAGUAAUCGUGCUUGGCCUUUGCGUCAGCUCGACGACCGCGUUCCACAAGCUACUCUCGGGUCCUGGGCUCGCAGGAAUCACUACAACACUCACUUAUGCUAACCUCGGCAUUGCGGCAGGGGCCAUGGUCAUCAUCUCGUUGCCUGCUAUGUUGUUCGUGGAUUUCAUCAAUGACGGCCGCAUCGGUCUACCCAUCCUGAUUGAAAUCCCAUGGUUGUGUGUGCUGUGGAUCAUGUUCAUCGCCACCGGAUUGUCCACCAGGCAUUUCACCAACGGUCCAGGGAAGCUGCCACAUGGAGUGACCUGCGGCGACGUUCCGACCGACGAGUUCAAAACGCUCUGUCAUGAGUGGGACCCUAUUCAGAUUAUUUCAUACAUAACGGCUGGUCUUCUGUUUCUGUACACGAUCACCCUACUUGGCGUCUCAACAUUUAGAGCCUACGGUGGAAAGUCGAUGUGGGGCACCAGCGUCAAGAAUAGCGAGCUAUGAACGCAGUCUCGAUCUGCAAUCGCG